AUCAAAAAAAUAAAAGAAAAAAAUCUCACCAUCCUCUGUUUCUCUCUCUAAAAAACAACAUGGAUCCCUCUCUCUCUUUAUCUAGUGAUCCCCAGCACCAUCCUCCUCCUCAGUUCGCCGGAUUUCCCUUCGCCCCCUUCGCCGCCGGUGGAAUCGCCGCCUCUCAGAGUCACCCCUUCUUUUCUGGCGCCGUCAAUCCUGCCUCCGUCGCCGCAAGCAACAAUCAUGUAUUUCAAGCUCCACCGCUGUCUCAACCUCCGCCGACGAAUGCUCCGCCUCCGGCUCCACAAUCGGAAACUUCGGCUCCUACGCAUCCUUCUUUCAGCCACCCUCCUUACUCUGACAUGAUAUGCUCAGCAAUUGCAGCGUUAAACGAGUCUGAUGGGUCGAGCAAACAGGCGAUUUCGAGGUACAUCGAGCGAGUGUUCACGGGCUUACCUUUGGCUCAUGGUGCCUUGUUGACUCACCAUCUGAAGACUCUGAAAAACAGCGGUAUCCUUGUUAUGGUAAAGAAAUCCUACAAGUUUGCGUCCACCCCUCCACCGACGAGUAUCGCCGUCGCAGCCGCUGCUGGUCUCGAAGAUUUCAGAUCUGAUCCCCCCAGUUACACCACCACCGCCCAGCCUCAGUCCGACCAGACCGGUCUGCCAGCGGCAGCGUCUGCUCCGACUGCUCAGAAGCGCGGGCGCGGUCGACCUCCGAAGCCCAAACCCGAUAUUCAACCCAGUGAGGCUCCUGUUCAGCUCAACGGUCAGCCCCAUAUCAACUGGGAACAAAACAAUACGUCUGUCUCCGGACCCGCCGAAGAGGUCCAGCCGGCCAGGAGACCACCGGGUCGUCCUCCCGGCCGUCCUAGAAAGAAUGGCCCUGCGGCACCGGCGCCGGCGCCGGCGCCUGAUUUUGCUGCGGCUGGGAUCACAAAACGAAGAGGAAGGCCGCCGGGUCGGAGGGCUGCGGGAGGGCUGAGGAAGCCUAAAUCUGUGGCGGCGCCAGCAACCGUGUUUGCUUACGUGGCGAACGGUGCCAAACGCCGAGGUAGGCCGAAGAGGGUUAACACUGGCGUCGCCGUUGCUCCAUUUAACACAGAAGGUGGAGAGGCGGCGGCGGUGAUUUUGCCGGCGAAGAGAAGGGGACGGCCACCGAAGAUCGGCGGUGUUAUUCGCAAGCCUGUGAAGCCCAAGAGAGGCGUAUCUCGUACAGGAAGACCCGUCGGCAGACCCAGAAAGGAUGCGCAAUGGGCAACAGGAGGUGGUUAUGGGCAACAAGAUGCUGGCUAUGGAGAACUCAAGAGAAAGUUUGAUUUUUUGCACGAAAAAGUGAAGGAAGCAGUGAACCUGUUGAAAGAGGAGGCAACGAGUGAAAACCAGGCAGUGGUGCGAGCCAUCCAGGAGCUCGAAGGGCUAACCGCAAUGGACACUACUUGUGAGCCGCAUGGCGUGGAAGAAGUGCAGCAGGAAGAGCCAAACCCCGAACCAGAAUCCCAUCAAGAAGACCAACUGCAAGAACAAGGACAAGCACAGACAGAAGCAGAGGCUAUGCAAGAAGCACUGUUCUGAGAGUAAAACCCUGAAGGACAGAGCUUUCUAGUGAUGAUGUUGGCGUUUGGGGUAUCAUCUUCCGGAUUAGGUGUUGUUGUCUUUAUUAAGGAUUUUUAAUUCGAAUAGGGUUUGUUUGCAGAGAGAAAUGGAAGUAGAGAAUGUCUGUAAAGUGUUUAGGGAUAUGUUUUCAUUGUUCAUGUUGUUCCUCCCACAGUCUGGCUCUGUCUCUUUUUGUAGCUUUGCUGGUGAUCUUUUUUUUCUCCCAACUCUGCUUUCUGUUCUUGUUUUUGUUCUAGGGUUUAUGUUUUCAUCUACAAAUUAGGAUCUCCUCUCAUGAAUAACUGCCCUCCUGGGGUUUCUACUUU